GCUUGCUGGCCCGGCAUCCAUCCAUUCAUCCACCAAAAUGUAGCUGCAUGCACACGCACAUACGCCAUCUUCAACUUGAAGCUCUUCAUUAAGAACGGCCAACCAGUAGAGCACUCCCUGCCAAAAGGCUCCGUGAGAGAGCCACCGUGACCUGCCUGCACUCCUCUCCAAGCUCUUCAUUGAUAGCGGCCAGCACAGUAGAGUUUAACGAGCACUCCCUACCAAAAGGCUCCGUGAAAGAGCCUCCGUGACCUGCACUCCUCUCCUGUCCUCGUCCACUCCGCCAGCAGCUUCGAAUUCUGACCUCUGUCUCCCGGACCUCCUCGCUUCGCCAUGUCGGCCGCCGCGCUAAGAAGCCAGCUCAACGAGCACAUCAGCUACAUGUACGCCACGGAAUUCUGGACGAGUACUACCAACAGCUGCAGUCGCCACAGGACGAGGGCUUCGUCCCCGAGGUCAUCAACAUCUUCCUCCGCGAUGCCGACAGGAUGCUCAACGAUAUCACCAGCCUUCUGAACCUGCCCAUCGUCGACUUCGGAAUGGUGGGCGAACUGGUGCACCAGCUCAAGGCGUGCAGCUGCAGUGUUGGUGCUUGGAAAGUUAACCUUGCCUGCGAGCACUUUCGCCAGUUCUACGCGGCAAAAAGCAAAGAAGGGUGUCUCACGGCAUUGAAUCUUCUUAGGAACGAGUUCGAUGAUGUGCGCGGCAGGCUACAGGCCAUUAUGCAGUUGGAGCAGCAGAUUGCAGCCUUGGGUCCUAAGUAGCAGUAAAUGAAGCCAAAAGAGCAUAGCCCCGUGUGAUCUGGCAUGAUGCGGGGGAUGUAUCUCUCAAGAUGUAGUCAGCAUUCAGCAGUUGCUGGGCUUUUGGAGGGGGCGCGUGGAAUCACAUGACGAUUCUUGCUUCGGCACUCCGGGCUCGCGACCACCCUGCAAAUGGAACUUGUUGUCUUGUGUGUCGAUGUCUUUGUCUAUCAACACUAUAUACUUGUGUGUCAUGGAUGGCCUGCUGGCUGUGCGUAAACUCUAUAUUUGGUUGGUUGCUUUUUGGCUUGGUUUUCUUGUAUGUUGUUUGUUGUUUUUAAUUACCGUCUUGUGAAAUGUUGUUUCCUCCCCUUUGGGUGAGGGGAGAGAUUUGUUGGUUCUUGAACCAAGCUAAAAUCUCGUUGUUGGCUGGUA